CUUAUCUACACGUAGACGGUGAAAUUACUUUUCCAUUAUCCGCGGGGGAGCUCCAAAAAAUUCCAGGCGGGAAACACUAUUCGAGAUCACCAAACAACCUUGAAGCUUCACAUUUCGACAUUUCGACCCAAGACUUGUCCUGUAAUAUUUUCGCAUAAGGGAUUACUGAUAAUACAUCAGUCUAUAUCAAACAAAAAUACCCUAAAUAUACAAGUUAUUGCAAGCAAAAUUCAGUCAAGAUGCAGGCUCCCGUUGUGGUUAUGAACACCCAAAGUGGUGAUAGGCAAACUGGACGAAAGGCUCAGCUUUCCAACAUCGCCGCCGCAAAGACUGUUUCCGAUAUUAUUCGAUCAUGUCUUGGUCCCAAAGCCAUGCUGAAGAUGCUGCUAGAUCCUAUGGGUGGUAUUGUUCUAACGAACGACGGUCACGCUAUUCUACGAGAAAUCGAGGUGUCACAUCCGGCUGCAAAGAGUAUGAUCGAGCUUAGCAGAACGCAAGAUGAGGAAGUUGGCGACGGCACAACCACCGUCAUUAUUAUGGCCGGUGAGAUUCUAGCAUACGCCCUUCCUCAAUUAGAGCGAAACAUACACCCCGUUGUUAUCAUCUCCGCCUUCAAGCGCGCACUCAAGGAUGCCCUAGAGAUCAUCGACGAGAUAUCCUUACCCAUAGAUGUCAACGACGACAAGGCCAUGUUUGGCCUAAUCUCCUCUUCCAUCGGUACCAAGUUCGUUUCCAGAUGGACCGACCUAAUGUGCGGUCUAGCUCUCAACGCCGUCCGCACCGUCACAUGGGAAGCAGGAAAUGGCAAGCAAGAAGUCGAUAUCAAGCGAUACGCGCGUAUAGAGAAGGUUCCUGGUGGCGAGAUCGAAGAUAGCAGGGUCUUGGACGGAGUCAUGCUCAACAAGGACAUUACGCACCCCAAGAUGCGAAGAAGGAUCGAGAACCCAAGAAUUCUUCUUCUGGAUUGCCCGUUGGAGUACAAGAAGGGAGAGUCCCAGACGAAUAUUGAAAUCAGCAAAGAAGAGGACUGGGAACGUAUUCUACAAAUCGAGGAGGAGCAAGUCAAGGCUAUGUGCGAGUCCAUUCUAGCCUUCAAGCCCGACCUGGUCAUUACGGAGAAGGGCGUCUCAGAUCUCGCACAACAUUACUUCAUGAAGGCCAACAUUACGGCACUCCGCAGAGUCAGGAAGACGGACAACAACAGAAUAGCACGCGCUACUGGUGCUACCAUUGUGAACCGGGUGGACGAUCUCCAGGAGUCGGAUAUUGGAACCCAGUGUGGGCUGUUUGAGAUCGAGAAGAUUGGUGACGAAUACUUUACUUUCCUUACCAAGUGCACUACCCCCAAGGCUUGCACAAUCCUCCUUCGAGGACCCUCCAAGGAUAUCCUAAACGAGAUUGAGCGGAAUCUUCAGGACGCUAUGGGAGUCGCUCGGAAUGUCAUGUUCCGCCCCAGAUUAUCACCAGGUGGCGGUGCCACGGAAAUGGCUGUAUCCGUACGACUGAACCAACUGGCGAGAGACAUUGAGGGUGUGCAGCAAUGGCCAUACAAGGCGGUUGCUGAUGCUUUGGAAGUAAUUCCCCGAACACUAGUACAGAAUGCCGGUGCCAGUCCGGUAAGAGUCCUUACCGAGCUUCGUGCCAAGCAAGCAGAGGGUAAGAGUUCGUGGGGUAUCAACGGUGACACUGGAGCCAUCGUGGACAUGCAGGAGUACGGUAUCUGGGAGCCAGAAGCCAUCAAGCUGCAGAGUAUCAAGACGGCUAUCGAGGCUGCUUGUCUCUUGUUAAGAGUGGAUGAUAUUUGCAGUGCCAAGAAGGCACAGCAAUAUGGCUCAGGCGGCGGUGAAUAAAGGGGGAAAAGAAAAAUAAUGAAGAUACUGAGCAAGUCACAUAGGUGCGAACUAUGGAGAGGACGGACAUACCCCUAUUACCAACGGUCUGGUCUAAAAGGUUUCUCAGCAUAGAUGAAAUAGAUGAGAUGGCUUGCUUUGCUGACAUCCUGACUCAUUUAUGCCUCUUUAUGAUUUCUUGUUUUUUGUAAAAACGGAAAUGCUGCCUUGUAUGAAAGUCUAGAAAACUAUGAGUUGUAAUUAAACCGAUCAGUGUCCUCUUUUGUUUGUUGCCAUUCCUAGGUGCGUACCUUACUUGCCUACCUAGUAGGUAGUAUCGAAUACAAGACAUCAAACUUCACCAAA